ACUUCCUACUCAACGUCCAGUAACCACUGUACAUGGCUCUCUUUAUUAUCUUAAAGAGCACAUCACUGAAUGCAGCAGUAUGAGUUCUUAUUCUCUUCUUUUUUCUCUCGUUUGCAUUUGUGAAUGUUUUAUCUUUCCAGCUUCAGCGCAACAAGUUAAUGCCUGGAGUGAUGUGAUCAUGGUUGAAACAGGCUCAGCCGUCUCCCUGUGCUGCUCUGAGGAACCCCUUGUAACCCCCAGGCUGGUUACAUGGAUGAUGAUGGGAGACAAGGGGACGAAUUGGACCAUGCUGUUUUCAGCGGACGUUAUCCGAGAAGGAGGGAAUAAGAGACUACAUAAUGCAGGCAGAGUUCUGGAGAUAGUUGAUAAAAUUUUCUUGCGAUUUACUGCCACUGAGGAAAGUGGAGGGCUCUACUCUUGUUUGCUGGAGAAGGAGGACAAGAAGUUUAAAAGAAUUGUUCUUCUUGCUGUUAUUAAACUGACUUUAGCUCCGGCUCCUGUCAUCCCCAUCGACAGCACUGCGAGGUUAAAAGCUGAAGUAUCUCCCUCCUAUGCCGUAGCGGGUGGGACGUGGCUCUCAUGCACCGGCUCACCAUUACUCACUGAUGUGUCCUUAGCAGGCACCCUGCUCACCAAACUGCCCCGUGUCACCCCCAGUGACAGCGGCAUCUACACAUGCAACAUCACUGUGGACGGCCGGAGCAGGAAACCUGUCUACAGCUACACACUCAGGGUGACACUAUACGAUAAGAAAGUGGCAUGGUUCCCAAAUAUUACAUAUGCAGGACCACUGUACAGUCUGGCGGCUCUGUCUCUGUCAUCUGUAACACUCCCCUGCCCCGACAUCAAUGGUGACUAUGUCCUGCUUUACUGGUGGCAGCCAGAUUCACCAAAUGCAUCUCCAGAUCUGAUUUUUCAGUUCGACCGCUGGAGAGACUCCAAGAAGCAGUCUAAUCUCCGCCUCAGUUUGCUCAACCACACUUCUGUGCUUUCUGGGAACUUCUCUUUCCUCCUGAGACCGGAGAUAAACGACGCAGGCCGAUAUCAGUGCGAGGUCUUUAGGGAUGACCAGGUUUUUGCUCAGGUUACAGCACUGACUGUAUUAUACGGUUUUAGCAAGAUAAGACUCCACUCUUCCUCGAUGGACCUGAACUGUAUGUAUGGAGAGCGUUCUCUGGUAGCCUCAGUAAAAUGGUCGCACGUCCAGAGACCUGAACGCCAGCUGCAUUCAAGUGCAGUUAUGGGUCGGGAAAUCAUUACAAUAGACCUCCCAAUAAUGCCAGACACAGCUGGCGACUACACCUGUACUCUUCGACUAAACAACGGUCAAACUAUCAGAUAUCUUUACACUGCCAGGAUGCCUCGUACAGAGCCACCUUGCUGUUCAAGUGCGCUGCCUCAUGAAUUAACCACCCAGACUGCCGUCUCUCUGCUGCAGCCUACUGAGCGUAACAGUACACCUGAGCCAUCCAUUCUUCUCCCAGCUCUCUCGCUUCUCCUCUUUUUGGUACCUGUGGUUGCUGUCACUGUCGGGGUGUUGCUAUGGAGACGAGGACCUUGCACCUUCCCUCAAAAUAUGGAGCAUAGUCUGUCUCACUACUCUGGAGAAGUGGAGAACAUCUAUGAAACUCCUGAGGACGUGAGACAGUCACCUCCCCAAAAUGCAGUGUAUAUGGAUCUGAAGCUUACAGGCGAGACGGAUAUUUAUAGGGAAUUAGACAGAUAUGACCAGUGUUGUGGCUGAGUUUGUGCAGUUGGAUGAAUAUAAGAUACCAGAUGCUGCCAUGUAACCAUUUAUAUUUACACUGAAGACAUUAAAUUGUCAUUAUAGGUUGUCGAAUUUGUUCAUUGUGCAUAUUAUUCCCCAUUUUGUUGUUCGUAUUCAAGUUAUCACUGUGUAAUAAUGUGACGAAUUAUAAAAUAGUGUGUUUGCUCACACCGACCAAGCAAAAAAACGAAGAAGAAAAUAUCAACAAGAUUAAAAAGUAUCAUGAAUUCAUUUUUCUGAGAUAUAAAAGUUAUUAUCAAGAUAAACAUACGUACAGGAGAGCACUCACUGGGUCUUAGGUUCGAUCCUGAACUCGUUAAUGGUUGCUGUCUGUUUGGAGUUUCAUAUGUUUUCCCAAUGUCCUCUUAGUCAGGUUCUUCAGGUUCUUCGGUUUCAUCCUUCCGCCCAUGAACAUAAGAAGAACAUAAACUGGGUUACUGAUAAUGAGUUUACAGAAGAUGAAUGAAUGGAUACCUGCCCAGAAUCACAUGUUGUAAGGAUUGUUUAUACAAAUUUAUCUAAACUUUAUGCAAAACUUUAUACACUCUUAGGACACACUGAUGAAUGCAGGGAAAAGAGAUUUGAUGUGAUAUGCAUACGUUGGUGUUUUGAUAUUAACAUGAAUAAAGUAUGUAAGUUUAAUAUUUUUUGAUGUGAUAUAAAUAUUCUCUAAUGACUUCUGUGCCUCCAACCACUUUUAUAUCCUCGGAACAGCUUUUGAUUUCUCUCGUUUUUUCCAGGACAGUCCCUGAAGCAACCCAUUAUACAUUCCCUACUUUGUAUGAAUUGUCACUAAUGAUUAGAAUGAUUAAUACAGAAUCAUUUACAGACUAGAACUAAAAAAAGCUCAAUUUUUGGUUUCAUUCUGUAUUUUUGUAUAUAAUUCUUUAUAGCAUCUCCUUUUAUGUCUACAGCAAUAACCACAUGCUAAGAAGGUUAUAACACAUAACAGUAUUUAAAUAACUGAUUGCUCUGCAAUUCAAAGGUGAAUGUGGAAGAAAAACAACACAAAUUCAGAACCAGUGGUCUAGUUCUUGUAAUGUAUUGAAUUUGUAUGCCUUAAAUAAAGAAUCUGUUGAAGAAAA